UCUUUAACUCAUUACACACAUACACACUCUGACAACGUUGGCAGAGAGGUGCCUGACCAGAGACUGUUCCAAUGCCUGAAAACACAGAUAUGGCUGAGCAACAAAGCCCUGAGAAAAUCUCAGAGGGUUCUGAUGCUGGAAAAAAGCAAAAGAAACCAAAGAAGAACAAGGGUGAAGCCUGGGCUAUGGAGGGACCAAGGGAUCCCUUUAAAUUGCUGGAUGCUCUCCCUGAAGAAAAGCAGCAGGAAAUCCAGAGAGCUCUGCACCUCUUCUCUCUGGGUCAGGGUCCUCCCAAGAACCUGCAGGAUGCCCGCAAACACAACUUCCGCUUCUGGAACACUCAGCCCGUCCCUAAGCUAGAUGAGGAGGUGACGACACAUGGGCCCAUACAGUCAGAGAAGCAGAGCGUUCGGGAGGAGAGUUAUUCACUCCCAGAAGGCUUCUGCUGGGACACUCUGGACCUAGGAAAUCCUGAACAGCUGGGGGAACUGUGUACCUUACUGAAUGAAAACUACACAGAAGAGGAUGACAACACUCUCCGCAGUCACUACUCCCCUGAGUUUCUGCUGUGGGCUCUGUGCCCUCCAGGUUGGCAGCCUGACUGGCACUGCGGAGUGAGAGUCAACUCCAACAGAAAACUAGUGGGCUUUAUCAAUGCUAUCCCUGCCACUGUUCAAAUAUAUGACACGGAGAGGAAGAUGGUGGAGGUGAACUUUCUGUGUGUUCAUAAGAAGCUGCGCUCUAAGCGUGUGGCUCCGGUGCUCAUCCGUGAGAUCAGCAGGCGGAUCCAGAAGCAGGGAUUAUUCCAGGCCGUCUACAGCGCCAGCGCUGUGCUGCCAUCGCCAGUGGCUAGCUGCAGGUACUGGCACCGGUCCCUGAACCCCCGCAAGCUGAUUGAGCUGAAUCUCUCCUCUCUCACCCGUAACAUGACCCUGCAGCGCGCGCUCAAGCUGAACCGCCUGCCUGAGGCAACAAAAACUUCUGGCCUGCGCCUUAUGGCUCUGGCGGACGUCCCCCAGGUCCAAACUCUGCUGACUGAAUAUCUCAGAGGCUUCCAACUGUUCCCCAUUCUGAACCAGGAGGAAGUUCAGCACUGGUUCCUGCCUAGAGAUGGUGUUGUUGAUACUUACGUGGUGGAGGGCACCGAUGGGACUAUAACUGCUGUGAUGAGUUUUUACACCAUGUCCUCCAUAGUUCUUAACCACCUUGUCCAUCGGAGGCUGAAAGCAGCAUACGCUCUCUAUGCAGUCACCACAGCAACCCCAGUGCAGCAGAUAAUGGAGGACAUCCUCAUCAUAGCCAAAGCCAGAGGAUUUGAUGUGUUCACUGCUCUGGAUGUGCUGGGGAAUAAGGGCUUUCUGGAACCUCUGAGGUUCACUGAGGGAGAUGUCUGUAUGAACUACUACCUCUACAACUGGAAGUGCCCCAGAAUAAACCCAGACAAGGUCGGCAUGGUGCUCAAGUAAGGGAGACGUUGUGAGUCCUCAGAAGAGAGGUUGCCACUGAAUGUGAAGGACUGGAACACUGUGCUGUUAAAACCUUAUUCUAGGCACCUCUGUACAUGCAUAGAAUUGGAUAUCUUAUUUUACUCCCAGGUUAAAUGUAAUGGUGUUGAUGAUGUUAACAGGAGUCUCAGUAGUGAUGGCUGGAAUGGAAACAUGACAUACAUAUUUAGAGCUAAUUUUCUUAUCCUUCAAAACCAUGUUAAUUUUGAAUAAAUGAUUUAGGACAUGUUGUCUGUACUUUUUCUUUAAUGUAAGGCAAAUAAAUUAAUGUAAGUAUAACAA